UAGUGCGGCUGCGCCGGAAGGCCGGUCGCUUGUGAAUGUGCCGGAUGGAGCUGUCUUUUCUCCUUAGUACUGCUCAGUUCGACUGGGAGCUCUGCGAAACUGAUUGAUCGAAUUCGGAAUUUGUACGGCAGAAGGAUGAAAGUUUUUGUUUAUCCGUAACGGAGGAGCCGUUAUUGGAAAAGAAAAAUCCACCGAAAUGAAGAUACUGAAAAUAAGAGGCUCGACGGUGUUUUGAAAUAAAAACACGUAAUCACUAUGGCAUCGCCACUCGUCGGUCAACUGCACCUGCUCGUUUUUGCGUUGAUCUGGACCGGGCGUAGUAUUCUGGCCAAAUCGCCACGUAUUUCAGAUCUGAGAUCGCAGAUUUCAGGUGUGGAAGAGCUUCUUGAGGAAUUCCGCAAACAAUUGCAGCAAGAGCAAGAGGAGAAAACGGUACAGCUGCAUGGGGAUGUAUGCAUAGACAGUUUCAGCGCCAUGCAGGACUACAUCAUCCGGGCGAAGGAUUCUAUUGAGGCCGGGGCCACGUUCCUCACCGCACCAGCUGACAUUAACACUUGGAAGGAGUGCUUGCAUGCCUGCUGCGCGGACCCUCACUGCACGGUAGCCGUAGUGGAGCUCAGACGGGAGGUUUCACAGAGUAGUGGCCUUAGCUGUUUUUUGUUCAACUGCACUUACAGAAACAGAAAUGUGUGUAGGUUCUCCUCGCACCCAGGUUACAACAGUUAUGCAUUGGCUUUUAAUGGCACCUUGUAUUCCAGCGGCAGCGGGACAAGUGCGGAUGGGCCUGAACCGUCGACUUCUAAGAAGGAGGCCCAUGUGCUCAUCCAACAAGGUGGCGAUAGGAAUUUAGCAGAAAAGGAUGCUCCACCUCAAAGCAAUGCUGGGGAUGAUGUGGUAGUUCAGCUACCAACGGAUUGGGUGAUUUUAGACGGACGAGAAAGCACAGAUGACCAUGGAAUAGCACGUUAUGAAUGGACUUUACUGCAAGGGGACCGUUUUGUAACUAUGAAGGCUCCUCAACCAGGUAUAUUGAAGCUGACUGACUUAAAGGAAGGGAUUUACCACUUCCAGCUAACCGUUACAGACACAGAGAACCAGAAGAGCCUGGAUAAUGUAACUGUUACUGUUCUGCCCCAAGAACGCAGAGUCACAGCUUGUACAGGUCUUUGUUCACGUUACAAGUUCAUGUGUGAUGAUGGCUGCUGUAUUGAUAUCACAUUUGCCUGUGAUGGAACAGUCCAAUGUGCUGACAGUUCAGAUGAGGCUUUCUGUCAAAAUUUUGAUGGUGGUCGCAAGGCUGUAACACAUGCUUCUGGAAGUGUUUCUAAAGUAAAAACCAUUAGCCAGUCACAGGGUGAUGAUACUACAUUGGAGGCUGGCAAUAAGAACUCAGACAUGGAAAGAUUGACAACAUUCAGUCAUCCAUAUGAUAGCAGAGAAAGUGAAUCAUCAGUAACCGAGAGAAAGACUGAGCAGGAUCACCAUGUAGGACUUGCAGAUCUCUGCAUGGCUCUUCCUGAUACUGGUCCUUGCAAAGGUAUCUUUUCUCGGUGGUAUUUUGAUGCUUCUUCUGGAAAAUGCCAGCAUUUCAUCUAUGGGGGCUGCAAAGGCAAUCAAAACAAUUUUCUACAAGAAAUUGACUGCAUCAGCAGAUGUGUAAAAGAGCAAGGGGAAGCCUCACUGAAGAAUAUCACUGGUACUACUUCUGUUAGCAGAACAGAAUUUGUUAAUUCUCCAGAUGAAGAAAAUGUUAAUGAGAAAAAUAAAGCUUCUUUAUCAAAGGCUGAGCAGAAAAUAGCUGAUAAACCAUUGCCUGAGUCAGGUGCAGUUUUACCAUUGGCUCUUGGCCUAGCAAUUACAGCCCUUCUUCUGCUAAUGGCAGGCUGUCGCUUACGCCUUGUGAGGCAAAAGCUGAAGAAAGCCCGUCCCAUUACAUCCGAGGAGUCGGACUACCUCAUCAAUGGCAUGUACUUGUAGCUCAUAUUGCAGUGAGGCUUACCAUCACCUCUGCUGAGGCACUAACUAAAGGAUAAUUUUCUGUUUUAAAUGAAAAUGACAAUUAAAAGAAAAGAUUUUGUCUUCUCUGUUUAUAAUUCAUUUAAAAUGAAGAAAACAAAAAUUCAGCUUAAACUCCUGAAAAUACAUUAUAAACCAUGAUAUAUGAUAUUGAAAAUGAAUUAAAAAUGUCCACCUUAGAAGCCUGCAAAACCAGUACCAGGAAACAAGAUGUAUUUUCUUAGAAAGUUUUCACAAAGUUACUAUAACCCAGAUUGAUGGCAUUGCUGAAAAAACAUCUAAUACAAAGCAAAUAUUAAAUAUGAGAAGAUAAACAAAGCCCAAGAUCAUAUGGCAAAUAUGCAUUCUUUAGCCUUGUGACUCCAUCUUUGAAAAUCUGGGUUUAUAUCACCGAACCUUAUAUGCUUAAACAUUUUUAUCUCCUUUGGUGAAAACAAAUCCUAAAGGGUCCCCUGCUGUGCUGGUAUAAUCCUGUUACAUUUUUUAUGUUAUCUUGAGACGCCGAAUGGAUGUAAGACUCAAAUGGUGAUCCUGAGCUGCCAUAUUUUACUUUUACCUUAAUAAACAUAUCAAUGUGAUACCUCA